AGGAAAAUAUUAUUAUGGAAAAAUAUAAAAGUAACCAUCGCGAUCACCAGGAAAUCGAAUGGUUGCACCCGACACACCACACCAUAAAGGGAAAUCGAAUCGGCGAAAGAAACCCCAGCAACCGAGCCGAAACCGGGGCAGCGAAGAACACAAAACCUAGUUGGUUAACCCCACGUUCCCCCUUCGAUCUCCCGCACGAGAAGGAUGGACAUGGAGCGGAAGCAAUCCGAGCUCAUCGACCACUUCGUGAAGCGAGCGACCGCACUGGACGCAGCCGCUCCCCUCGCCGACCUAAUUCUUGAGGCCACUGCUCAUCCUUCGCUCUUUGCCUUCUCCGAGAUCCUCUCUGUCCCCGACCUUGCGAAGCUGAAGGGAACGCAGUAUGCGUCGUCUUUGUAUGUGCUUCGCUUGUUCGCCUGCGGCACAUGGAGCGACUACAAAUGUAAUGCUGGUAGCCUUCCAGCACUAGUCCCUGAUCAAGUUCGUAAGCUGAAGCAGCUAACUGUGUUGACAUUGGCCGAGACAGAAAAGGUAUUGCCUUAUGACCAACUCAUGGAAGAACUUGAUGUUUCAAAUGUUAGGGAGCUUGAAGACUUCCUCAUCAAUGAGUGCAUGUAUGCGGGUAUUGUAAGAGGAAAACUUGAUCAGUUGCGCCGGUGCUUCGAGGUGCAGUUUGCAGCUGGAAGGGAUCUUAGACCUGAACAGCUAGACAACAUGAUUCAGACAUUAAGUGACUGGUUGGGCACAUCGGACAGUUUGCUUCAUCUGAUCCAAGAAAAAAUCAAGUGGGCUGAUAUAAUGAGUGAGACGAACAAGAAGCAUAAGAAGGAAAUUGAGGACAAGGUGGAAGAAGUGAAGAAAUCUCUCAAGUUAAACACUUUAAGCAGGCCGACUUGGACUUUCGAGGCCACGAAGAGAGCUUUUCUGAAUCUGGAGGAAUGAUGGAUUAUGAAGAGGACCGUGUCCGGCCUAAGAGGAGGCGGCAGCCAAUGCACAAAGAAGGUUGAUCACUUGGUGUUAAUUCAUAUUAGCCGAGGCUGACUCUCAGUUUGCUGACAGCAUUUUGGAGUCGAAUACCUGCUCGCAAUUUGUUCUAAUCUGAUAUCGGUGUCCAUAUUUGCGUCCGGUGAACUUGUUCUACUGUAUUAUCACCUUGUUCAAACUCGAUCAUCAACCCAUAAUCAUGUUUUGCAUUCAUUAACAUGAUGGCUUCUGUGUACAAGAGUUGUACUUACUAGUUCGGUAGUUCCUCAGAAAAACCCGAAUUGUAUUUGUGAUGUUUCCUUC